UAUUUGUACUGUACAUAUAUAGAUUCAGAAAUUUGGAUAUCGUUCGCUGAGCCAAAUAAAAUAAUCGGGAUCCGACGGCGUCCAUCAAUUCGUGAUCACACUUCAUACAGCAUGAAAGGACGGGUAUUGGUUAUCUUUUUUUCCAUCCACUUCCUCUCGACGGGGAUCUGUUCUGCUAGUGCUGAUGGCAGCGACAUCUACGUGAGACCCGUCAGAGACUUCUCCCGACUCGAAGGCGGCACCGCUGAGACGAACGUGAACAAUACAGGUUACAUCGCCGUCAUUGAGCUGCGAAUGAACGACACUUCAGUGAAGCCCUUGCUGGGAGCCAUCAUUUCCAAGAGGAACAUCCUCACGACGGCCAAUUAUCUUGACCAAGCUGUCUGGGCCAGCCAGGGAUUGUCAAUCAGCACUAUCGAAGUCACGCUAAAAGCUACCAGCGGUUCCCCAACAAAAAUCACAAACCUGGCGAUGACCAACGUUAUAAAGCAUCCAAAAUAUGUAUCACCAAAUGCUGCGACAUCCGAAGACGAUUUCCUGCAAUAUCAACCAGCGAUUCUGACGCUGAGCUCUGAUGCUGUCUUAGGGAUAAGCGACGACCUGAGAGCAAUCCCAAUUUCUUGCUCCCCCACUGAUACAAAACUUGGAGAUACAGUCACUGUCUUGGACUGGUCCAAGCCCUCCAGUACAAUUGAGCUGCAGAAAGCAACAUAUUCUCGGAAAGCUUGUCCUUCUGGCAACCCAUCACUUACCAAGGAAUGGUCUUUGUGCUUUCAGUUGCCAACUGCAAGUUCUUACAGUGUGUCUGACAUGGGGAAAAUUGGGUCUCCCAUUGUUCUGAAUUAUGGGAACAAUGCUGACGUUUCGCUGAUCGCAGUCAAGGCAAAGACGUACGCCGUUUCAGCAAACGAGUCCCUGACAGCAGCUUCAAGCAUGAGCUACAGCGAGAUCUACUCAUUCGUGUGCCAAUACGCCGAUUUAUGCAUAAACAACGCCUCGGCAGUUACGACCCCAGCUACCACUGCCGCUCCGGCGAGUGCUACAACUCUUGCUGCCAAUGCCACUACUAAUGCUAAUGCGACUGGAACUGCGAAUAAUAAUGCUACCACUACUGUGCCUGCAAAUAAUAAUGCAACGACUACAACUGUGGCUACUAAUGGUACUACAACCACCAAAAGCACUGUGACCAUCACUAAUUGUCGGCAACGUCACAAUCAUACUGGAGAAUGUGAAAAUCAGGAUGAGAAGAACAAGUGGUUCGGUUUCAUGCAACUAAUCAACAUUGGAAUCCGUUACGUUUUCGGGUGAUUUUCCGGCAUGAUUGUGUGCCAAAAAAUAAUCCCAGAGAACGGAUCAAAACGCGUGUUGGAUUAUUGAAUACAAAAAGGGAAAAUGAGUGUUUAUGAUGUGCUGUCGGUGAUUUUGGUUGCAUUCGCAUCAUAUGUAUGUGCAUUUCUUCUGUUGGUGUGAUGAUGUCUUUGAACUGAAAAAGUUGACUGUCAGGCACUUUUUCUCUUGCGCGAAACACUUAUUCCUUUGUUUUGCAGUAGAUACGCCAGUUUAUGUUGAAUUGUAAUUGCACAAAACAGUGUGGGAUUGAAGGAAAUAAAAAGCACAAGCAGCAAAAA